AUGAGUGCGUCACCAAACCUCAGAUGUGGCUUAUGCAAUGAAUAUCUCGUCAAUGCUGUCACUGUGGCAGGAUGUAUGCACAGCUUCUGCGAAGAAUGUCUCUUGAAAAAUCUGUCAGUAUCGGGUACUUGUCCAACAAAGGGAUGCAAGAAAAAUGUAGACAAAAACGGAUAUCGCCGCGAUUCUACUUUGCAAAUGCUCGUUUACAAAUUUGUGCCCCAGAUGUUUUUUGAAAACGCUGAGAAAGGCAGCAAAGGAAACACGGAUGUCAACAACAGAAAAAUGCAGAGAGAACUGGCACAAGCAAGCACUGAAAUUUGUGAUCCUGACGAGCUUCUGUCAAUUUGUUUGGAGUUUGUACCGGCUCCAGCUGUGGCAAAGCCUGAUGAGGUGUUCUCCUAUAGGACCCCUCCUAUUCGCCCGGCCCUGGCUCAACGUCCUCCUCUAGGACCUAUUGUCUGCGAAGAAUGUCUCUUGAAAAAUCUGUCAGUAUCGGGUACUUGUCCAACAAAGGGAUGCAAGAAAAAUGUAGACAAAAACGGAUAUCGCCGCGAUUCUACUUUGCAAAUGCUCGUUUACAAAUUUGUGCCCCAGAUGUUUUUUGAAAACGCUGAGAAAGGCAGCAAAGGAAACACGGAUGUCAACAACAGAAAAAUGCAGAGAGAACUGGCACAAGCAAGCACUGAAAUUUGUGAUCCUGACGAGCUUCUGUCAAUUUGUUUGGAGUUUGUACCGGCUCCAGCUGUGGCAAAGCCUGAUGAGGAGGUUGUGUCUACGAACCCUUCUACUUCAUCGUCCUCUAAGGCCGAGCCCCCAUUGAAGAAGAUGAAAAAGAUGCGCGAACAUCGUGAAGUUCAGCAGUCAUUUCGGCGCUUUUUUCGAUGCGCAGCGAAGGUGCCGAUUCGUAUAGUGCGCCGCCUUCUUGAAACGAAGCUAUUUCUCACUGAUCAAUUCACAGUCCACUUCAUUUCCGACAGGGAUUUCCAGGAUAUUCCUGAUGACGUUACUUUGCGCACGUUGGUGCUGGACGGCGGUUUUGAUCGAACAAGACCUUUUCGGCUAUUCUUCACUCUCAUUCCGAAUGUGAACGAUGACGCGCCGCCAGUUCUCGACGCGGAAACAAUGCCCUGUCUUAUGCCGGAGGCACCCGUUCAUCAAGAAGCGCCGUCAACGAUUCAACCGCCCGGUCAACUACAACCUGUCCAGCUCGUUUCUCCGGUGGUUCCAGCGCUAACUGUCAGUCUUUCAACGGAUAUCUAUGGUCAUUCGGCUCCAAUUAUAACUCCUCAGUGCGCCCCGCGCAAACGUAGAAAGCUGAGCGAUCCGAAGAAAAGUCCCACAGAGAAGUCUCCGACGACUGUUGCUCAUCCGACACCACUGGCGCCGAAUAUGCUUGUCGGUCCGCUGAUUCGGCCGAUGUUCAUCGCACAGCCACCGUUUAUUCAUCGUUCGCCUCCGAAUAUGCAUAUUUCGAUGCCGUACACCCAGCCACCACAGAAUUCAAACACCGUGGAAAAUUCACCACCAAAACAAUGUGCAUCCGUAUGCAGAACCGAUAACAACGUUGAUCAACCUCCUCUGCUGCAUCGAGAGGAUCCAAUGGUUUCUGUCGUUCCACCUCCAACGCUAGAACCAUCGCCUUCAUCGUUCACGGAUAUCCAAAAAGCUCCGAAUCCGCCUCAAAUCCCGCAACCGCCAGUUCAAUUCGUACCACAGGAAGGGAGUUCGAAGACAUCCAAGGUGGAAAAAAAUGUGAAGCCGAAACCGCCACCUCUUCCAGAAGCCUCAUCGAUGUCGAUGGAAUCACGACCAAAAGCAGUAACCUCUGUCUAUGAGCCGCAUCCUAUGCCAUCAUAUCCCUUCUAUAUGAAUAGUACCACCAAAAGUUUGGAGCCUCCACCUAGGCUCGACGCAAUGACAAGUCACGCUAGGCAACAACCUUCCGAAAAGAAGCAGUCGUCCAGAGCGAAUUCCUCACAGAAUGGCUUUGUCAACAGUAGUACGUCUAAAGGGAAGCCGAAUAAUUCACCAGCGCUACCAAUUACACCUGACCAUCUACGAUCUGUGCAGACUGUUCUACCACAAUCCUUGGGCGGAGAUAUUCGGGCAAUGCCGAUUCUUCCACGAAAGCUGGAGGAAACCCAACCACCACCGACUUCGGCGAAUUUCGAUCCAAGAAUGGACAUGGCUGCUGCUAGAAUGGGAACUGGUGCUUUUACGUCACCCGAUCAUGCUGCGCCACCACCACCACCAACGCUCCCCAACGCGACUACAGUGACGGCACCAAUGGAUUUUCGGCGAAUGGCAACGCUGAAUAAACAGUCGCUUGGUCGUACAUUACAAGCAGUCCUGUCAAGUGGACGAGCAGACGUAACAAAAAACACCGUGACGUUGCCUUGUGCUGGUGCAGGCGACGUCGCCAGUGGUGGCGCGCCGAUGGACGCACGACCGACGCCACUCAACGGCAAAAUACCCAAAGAAGCUGCGGUCGAUUUACGUUUCCCGAAUUCGAAAUCGCUCUCUACAUGA